UCUUCACUUGGUGUGCAAAUCUUCAAAUCGAAUCAAAACUCCUAACUUUCAAUCCAAAAUGAAGGUCUUUGUCUGCUUGUUGGCUUCUCUGGCUCUGGCCAAUGCUGGCGGUUUGCGAGGUGGAGCCGGUGGCGGGGCUGGUGGCUACCUGCCCGGCGGAGGACGCGGCGGUGGCGGUCGUCCUGCUAUCGGAGCCGGCCUGAUCUCUCACGUCUCCCAAUCGCGGGGCAACACCAAGGUCCACAUUGGCGGCGGAGCAGCUGGCGGAGCUGGAGGCUUUGGAGGAGCAGGAGCUGCCUAUGGCGCUGGAGCUGGAGCAGGCUACGGUGGCGGUGCUGCCUCUUACGGAGGUGGUGGCGCUUCUUAUGGAGGUGGAGCUGCCUCCUACGGCGGCGGUGCUGGUGGCGCCUAUGGCGGUGGUCGCGGCGGCGGUGCUGGCGGCUGGCAGGGAUCUGGAGCCGGCGGACGUGGAGCCGGAGCUGGUGGCUGGCAAGGAGGCGCCGGAGGAGCUGGCGCUGGCAAUGCCUGGGGAAACCCCGCCGAGUUCGACUACACUGUUAACCACGCCUCUAGCGCUGGAGGAGCUGGCGGAGCCUAUGGAGGAGCUGGAGGUGCCUUUGGAGGGACUGGCGGUGCUCCCUACCUGGGUGGUGGAGCCGGUGCUGGUGGCUCCCGAGGUGGUGCUGGCUGGUGGAACGAUUAGGUCCCCAGACUUUAACAAAAUUUGAAACCGUGAUCGAAAAAUAAAAUUUAAA